UUGUUCAACUGCAAAUUGAUUAGUAACUACUGUUUAAUGUCUUAAAAUGGUGUAGCGAUAUCUGAAACUUGUAUAGUGAAUCGCAACGCGAUACUGAACAAAAUGUUCCCUGAUAUCACAGGCUGUGGUAUGUGCUAUUUUGUCUGAAAAUAUUAAAAUGAACAGAAGGAAAUUAUUUGGUAAUUUUGGACAAAUAUUGAUAGUCAAUAAACAAGAAAAUAUUUUUAAAAUGCAAUUUUAGUCAUUCAAAAGAAUCUGUUUAAUCUGAUACAAUUACCAACAGCUCAAUUUUUGUUUGUCUGAUCGAGUCGAAAUAUCUUCUUAUGACUAAACUGGUACUUUUUAUUAGUUACAUGUAAUUUAACUGGAGAGUUGUCAUAUUUGUUUCAGAAAUGGAUAAUUGAAAAGUCGUAUCAUUUGGAAACGAAACAUGGAAGAGAUUCAAACAGAUGUUGAGAUUUUAUUGGAGUGUGUCAAGUGUCAGCUGUCCCAGCCAGAUUCUCUGAAGUCUUCUCUUGGAACCUUGGCCUCAGUAUUGACAGCAAAUGAUGCAGCAAAAGAAAGUUUUCGAGAUCUUGGAGGUCUGAAGUAUGUUUUAAACCUGAUUUUGCAGACAAAACAUUUGUCUGUAAAGCAGUCGGGAAUGUUUUGUCUGGCAUGUGCAGUGGAAAAAAGUGUGUUUUCUCAAAAGAGUCUUUCACAACAGAGUACAUUUGUAUUUAUUCACAAAAUUCUCAGUGAUGCCUCGUCGUCAUCCAGAAUAAAACAAACAUCUGUCUUCUUUCUACUUUGCAUUGUAGCAAACAAUGGUCUAGGACAAAAUCUUGCAAGACAGACCGGGUGCUUGGCUGUUCUCAUUGAAAUGUGCAAAGGAUUGAUCAAAGAAAACCAAUCUGGUCUAACCCCUGGGAAUUCCUGGAGCUUUGUGAACAGUGCUAUUAGUGUGUGUGUCAACAAUCCCCAGAAUGAGGAAAAUCAGCAUCUGACUUCAAUGUUGUUUCCACACUUGUUCAAGCUUAUCCAGGAAAAUCUAAACCCUGAGUUACUAAAACCAGCUUUGUCAUUAUUGGGAUUAGCUGUAGCAAACAAUGUUUUAAACCAAGAUCGAGUUAGACGAUGUGGUGGAUUGGAUACAUUGGUCACUGCACUGGGUAAAUGCCUUGGGUACAGUAUUCUUGAUGAACCUGGCCUGGCCAUCCCUAUUAUUAACACAGUUGAUUCCUGUAUUGCUGAUCAUGAGACAAACUGCAAGACGUUUGGUGAACUGGGUGGGAUUAGUUUAUUGUUAAACAUUUUGAGACAACCAGAUUUGGAUCAGCAGGAGAAUCUACAGGUUGUCUUGACUUUGGGACAUGCAUUAGACACUUCAGCUGAGAACCAGAGUUGUAUAGAUCGGAGAGGGUAUCAGACAUUGGUGAAACAUCUGACUGAAGCUCAAGAUGAAGAACUUAUCAAAGCACUCAAGUAUACUUUGAAUCUCUGUCAGAAAGAAGGUCAGAUGAAUCACAAUGUAGAAAAUACUGAAAGGCAACAAGGUGAUAUUAUUCUAGAGAAAAUAUCUCAACUGACAGCAAAAUUGAAUUCUUUCGAGGAGGAAUCACGACAGGACUCAAAACUACUCUCUGACCUUGUUGAGAAUCAAAAUAAAAUAACAAAGGCUGAAGAACCUUCAAGCAAAUCUCACUUACAAGAGGAAGCAAAAAGUAUUCCAAAGAAGCCUGAACAGCCCUCUCUAUCAAGAACUGAAUCACUUCUUCAACAACUCAUCAGCAUGUUUCAGUCUUCUAAGACACAGCAGAAAAGUUAUAGUACCUCUUCAGAUGUCAAUGAAAACUGGCAAGCAGAUCAGUAUACUCCAGUGAAAAGAAUACAAACUAAUAUUCAAAGCCCAAACAUACCUACAUAUGAACAAAUGCCAUUAAGAUCGACAGAAGUUGUUGAUGAAACUACCAGGAUGGCAUUGGUUGGCAGUACAACACAAGACUCAUCACAGAGUUUGCAUUUUGAAUUUGCACCAAGAAAGAAUACUUACUUGAAAGAUUUAGAAAUUUCUCAACAGUUGCAGUCAUUUACUUCUAAUCCAGAUCUGUCAUCCACACGAAACCAUCUCCAUGAUACCGAGAAACGGACACAUGGUACACCUAAUAUGUCAAAGAAGGCUCAUAAAGCAUAUUUUUGUCGAAUAGAAGGAAACAGUAAUGAAAAUUGUCACAUACAGCAUAACAAAAUUUCCCACAUUAUCAGCAGCAAUGAUUAUCACCCAUUAAGAAAUAGUCACAACUCGAACGUAAAUAAUGUGAAUUCAGACAUGUAUAAUCAGAACAGAGGUAUUACACUUAAAAAAAGUGACGGUUCUGCAAAUAAUAUGUUGGGCUGUCACUCAGUAAGUGGUGAUGACAUACAAAGCUUAAGUAAUACAAAAGAUACACAUUUAACUAAUAGGAGUAUAGUUUGCCAAGAUGGAAUGCAUAAUUCAAAUGUAUUCAGCAGCAUUCAUCCUGCUAAACAUACUGAAUCAUGCAAGUGUGAUGGAAAUGACAUACAGUUUCACAAUAGUAAUGAAAGUUGUUAUGUUAGAAACAAGAUUGUAUGUCAGAAUGUGAAUGAAAAUAAUGUAGGUUACAAUAAUCCAAGUGGCAACAGAAGUGAUAUAUGCACAAACCACAUCUGUUGCAAACUGGGUGCAAACCAUAACUUUCAUGAAGCUGAUGACGUUCCUUGCAACCUUUCUGUUAACAUGUACAAGAUGUCCACAAAUCAUAUAGAUGAAGUAGAAUGUCAGGCUCAUCUGACAGAAAAACCCACCCAUGCUGGUCAUUCUCAGAAUCGAGUACAGUAUGGACAGUCUCAACUUGAAACUCAAAACAUGGACAUGCGAAGCAAUAACCAGAAUUGGGUACAGUAUGAACCUUCUAACUGUGAAGCUCAAAACAUGGACAUAAGAAGCAAUAAACAGAAUUGGGUACAGUAUGGACAUUCUAACUGUGAAGCUCAAAACAUAGACAUGAGAAGCAAUAAAGAGAAUCGGGUACACUACGAACCUUCUAAAUGUGAAGCUCAAAACAUGGACAUGAGAAGCAAUAAAGAGAAUCAAGUACAGUAUGAACAUUCUAACUCUAAAACUCAAAACAUGGGCAUAGGGAGCAAUAACCAGAAUCAAUUACAGUAUGAACAUUCAACAUAUCAAGCUCAAAACAAGGACAUGAGAAGCAAUAUCCAGGAUCAUGUACAGAAUGGACUUUUUGAAUGUGAAGCUCAAAAUGUGGACAUGAGACGCAAUAACCAGAAUCAAUUACAGAAUGGACAUUCUAAACAUACUCAAAACAUGGACAUUGGGAGCAGUAACCAGUGUUCAACCUGUCAGACUGGACAUUCCAUUCAACAAGCUACAACCGACCAUGCUGGACAGAUAACUUCAAAGAACAGUAGUUACUCUCCAGGCAAAAUUAAUCAAACAGAACAGUGCAAAAAUACACCACAUAGUUUAAUUAACAUGUUUCAUUUAUGUAAUGACGAUGACUGUCAGUGUAAACCCUCUACCUUCAAAAGGACAAUUGUUCCAAAAAAUACUACAGAAGCAUUCCACAAUUACAGUGUUUCUAAUAUACCCAUACAAAGAGUUGAAUCAAAUUCUGCAUUACAAGAAAAAGGAAAUGAAGAUGAAUUGACUGAUAAAUCGGUGAGUGUAAUUGAAUUCUCCAAUGAUGUAAAUGCAGAUUCUACAAUUUUUUGCCCCAUAAACUAUAAUGGCAGUUCUGCAGAUUCAUCAAACAAAAUGUUGGCCAGCUUUAAGAAAACUAAAAGUUUCACCCCACAAACAAGAGGUGACUAUGAAAAAGUUAGAUGUAAUAGUGACAACACGUCACAUACAAAUUGUGUAAAUCAAAGAAUAGAUAUCCCCACAAACAAAGAUGAGAUUCAGUCUGAACAAGAGAGUACCCCUGAUCCAAAACAAAGAAAUCGUCUUAAAGAAACAAGUUCAUACAAUUCUGAGAGUCUUAACACACGCCAUAUCAUGACCGACAAAUUUGUAAAACCCAUUGCUGCGCCUUUAAGAAGGAAAAUUAUUACACCAUCCAGCUGUGGUUCUGGAACAAGCACUGGAGGUAGAAGAAACAAUGUUCGGUUAUUUUCAAAAAAGUCCACAGUGGGCAUCCAAGAAAAACCUAUUACAAUAGAUGAAGUUGGAAGAAGACGUGCCAUAGAUUCCCCAUUUAGACAAAAGCAACACACUGUCAAACCUCUAGCAUCUCCUGCAACAUCAGAAUUUGAUUUUGGUUUACUGACAUCUGCUAAAAGAAAUCUGUGGACGUCUGACAAACUCUGCAGAUCAUGCACUCCAGUACUUCAGAACCUUUCUGUGAACAAGUUUAGGAGUUUUACAGAUGCCAGACAUAUCAGAAAACCAACAGUUAAUCCAGCAUACUCCCGACCAGUGUCUGAAAUGUGUCUAAAACAUUCAGACAGUGAAUCAUUUUCUUCAGAUGAAAGUGAUGAAGGAAGUCAAACGAGCACUGCCGACAGCGAAAUGAAUUCAGAGUGCACUUCUAACACACUACAAUCUAAAGAGAGGAAAAACCUUCUUUGUCCAGGAUGCAAUUCUUCAGAACAGAUAGGUGGAUCCACUUUGAACAGUCGGACUUUCAACAUCACUUUGGAAACCAGCACUAAUACAUGUUCAAGUCAUCGAAACAUCAGAAGACUAGAACGAAAUUUCAUUCAAAAAACUAAAGAAUCAAGAUAUGCAGCAUUAACAUCUAGCCAAAAAAGAAGACCAUUGCGAGCCAACAUUAAGGAAUGGAUUAGCAAACAAGAAAUUAAUGUGCAUCAGCAAAAGAAAACCCAGAAUGUGUACGACUUCCCAGGAUCCAGUAGCGACUCUGAACCAAGUUCAAAGUACGUUUCUCCACCACAUUCAACACAGUCAUCAGUAUAUCCUUUGCAACAAUUUAGAAAUAAAGAUGUGAAAAGACGUAGAAGAAUUCCAUACAGUGAAGAGGAACUUGAAUUUUUGAAUCAUGGUGUUGAACACUUGGGUAAAAGAUGGCACCAAAUCCUAGUGACAUACAAAUUCAAUCCAUCAAGAACAGCAAUAGAUCUGAUGGAGAAACAUAAAAGACUUAUGACUAAUAAAAACAGGAAGUCUGUCUCAAGCAAAAGAGGCAUCCCCUUCUCCAUGUGUGAAGAACGUAGACUGAUGAGGGGAGUGAAAACAUUUGGCUACAACUGGAAAGGUAUUCUCCAUGCCUUUAAGUUUUCCAAAGCAAGAUCUGCCGAAGACUUGAGAAGUAAAUGGAGAAAAAUUAAUCGAAAUUUAGAUUAAAUGAUGUUGGAACAAAGCUGUAAUAUCAUUUGUGAUACAUGUACAUGUAUUAUGAAAUCUAUUAUAAAUUAUAUGUGUCUUUAUUAAUAUACAUAACAUUACAAUUACAUAUUGAUUUUAUAUAUGUUGAAAUGGUAUAUUACAAUGAUGGUAUACAUUUUAUACUUAUUAUUAGUUUAUAAUGAGAUUUAUAAAUAUACAUUGUAGUGAAAAUAGAUCAUAUGAUUUGUAUAUGUAAUGGCAUUAUUAUUACCAGCAUUUAUUAGUUGAGAUACUUUUUAUUAUAGUUCUUGUUCAGGGUCUUCAAAUGAUUCUUAGUGUUUAUACUCAACUUUUGACAGUUGAGGUAAUUUUACAUGAAAUAUUUAAAUAAACCUACUAGGAAAAGAAAGGAUUUAUUUAUAGGAUGGAAUCCUAAAAAGAUUAUUGCAUAAAACUGUUCUCAGUUUGUUUUAAUGUGUCAUAAAUUUGCUGAAUUUUUUUUCUUGUUAUGUUGGGGUAAAAGAUUGGGUGACAUUGCAUCAUGCGUCUUUUGUGGGUGCAUAGCAUGUACAUUUCUUUUAUGAUAUCACUCUAAUCUUAUUGCCGUUUCUAAAAUGAUUUGUUGAAAUUUUGUAGUUAUUCAUAGUAUUUUAAAGUAAAAUUGCUUUGAUCUUUCUUACAUUGUGAUAUUUGAAAAAACUUGUUCAGUAAAAUUUCAAAUGAUUAAUUAGUUAUAAUUGUAAAUUUACGUUUAAAAGCAAAUGUAAAUUUAAAAAGGAUCUUAACUAUUUUGCAUUUAAAAAAAAAAUGAAAUGGGUGCAUGGUUUGGAUUUUUGAGUACUGGGUAUGCAGGUCAUGGUAAAUUGUCAGGUAGUCUGCAGUACAUUUGUAUUUUGAAAAUCUUAUUUUUGUUGUUAAAAAUGUUUGCAAUAUCUUUUGUUAUUAUGUAUUCAGUUGAGUAUUGCUUUCAGUAAUCAUAUUUAAUUGCAUGAAUAAAUAAAAAGGUUGAAUUUUA